AUGACUCUGAAUGGAGAGAGGGGGGCUCAAUCGAUCGAGCCCCAUACAUUUGCAGACGCAGAGAAGCUUGUUCAGAAGUUAUACCAACCAGGUUCGCCGCAGGAAAUUUCGAGGAUACAAAAUGCUCUGCAAAAGCUACAAAGAUCGCAACAAGGCUGGCAAUUCGCCGAUGCGCUUCUUCAAAGCCAAGAUGAGAAAGUUCGCUUCUUUGGCGCCCUGACAUUUACUAUUAAGAUCAACCAGGACUGGAACUCCUUAAGUGACGCCGAUGCAACGUUACUCUUGGACAGACUCAUAGAAUGGCUCAUUCGACUCGUCAACGCCGGAGAAUCCCAGCUGGUUAUCAGAAAGCUGUGCUCCUCACUGAUAGCCUACUAUCUACGGCCUGCGGGUAGAUGGAAGCAAUGUAUUAGACACCUCGUUCUAAGCUUCAAUGAAGGACAUGUCAUUCCCAGCGAUACGCUUAGUCAAGGGCCUGAGACAGGCCCAGUAGCCGCUAAGCUCAGCCUACCUUGUCUAAUGGCCACACUGUGGUUUGCUGGGGGUCUUGUAGAAGAAGUUGGCAAAACGAAUACCACCAGCAUCCAGACGCACAAAUACCAUGAGAGGGUUUCUUCGAAUAUUGGAGAUGCAGUGGCUAUACUAAACUGUUCAAUGACCAUCACACCAGGCCAAGACGUGAAAAUCACCGAAGAGAGUGUGAAAUGCUUUCAAUCAUGGGUCAUGUAUGCACACCGAGCAUGGAUCGACAAAGCUUUGGAACUAGCACCACUCAGAUCACUCACGCCCUUGGCAAUACAGGCCUUACAUCAUGAAAAUUCAUAUGAUGUGACCGUCGAACUCUUCACCGAUGUUCUGACUAACUUUUCAGCCUUUCUUACUGCUGGUGAUCUCGAGUCCCUGUCGACAUUACUUGCGUCUACUCGGGCACGACAGAUUGUCUCGGGGCUCAAAGGAGGCGAUUACGACCCCGAAGCAUUAUCUUUUGCCAGGUUUUUGCUAGCGUACGGAGAUGCAACUGUUCAAGAUUUGGCGACGAAGUCAGAGGACCCUUUGCUAAGCCAAAUCGUGCAUCAGCUUCUAGAAUUGUUGAGGUGUGAGGGAUAUGCGGGGGCUGAAGACGAGAUAUGCGCACAAGCUCUUGAAUUCUGGAUGACCUAUACAGAAUUCCUCAUUGACUCGCUUUUUGCCGCUGGAGAAGAGAAGCCAGCCUGGAUGGACAGUGCCCGGCAGCGCGUUGUAGAAGUCAUUGAAGCCUCUUGGGUAAAGAUCCGGAUACCUCCCCACGAAGUGGCAGCCUCUUGGGAUUCCGACGCUCGCGCCGGCUUCAAGGCCUUUCGAGCGGACGUUCAAGAUCUACUCCAGUCCUCCUACACCCUCUUGGGUGUAGAUGUCUUCGAGAAUCUUGCACGGCUUGCUCUGCAAUCACUCGAGGACCGUGCUUGGCUCCAUCUGGAAGCUACGCUGUUCUGCCUCAAUGCACUUUCAGGCUCGACCUCGGACGAAGACUCGGUCGAUGCUAUGCUAUCCAGACUUUUCGGCUCCUCACUUUUCGCUGAUAUGAGCAGUACGGUCGAGCCUAUUCCGGCCAAGACAAGGCAAACGGCUGUGAACAUGAUCACCAAGUACACGGCCUUCUUUGAACGUCAUUUCGAAUACCUACCCGCUAUGUUGAACUUCCUCUUCGAGUCCUUGAAAGCCCCUGCAUUGGCGAGCGUUGCAGCAAACGCUAUCCUGUCGAGUUGUUCGUCAUGUCGCCAGGUCUUGAUACCAGAGCUUGGUGCCUUCCUGCACCAAUACGAGGUUCUCCUGACAUGGGCUACUGCCGAGGUCUACACGAAAGAAAAAGUUAUUGGUGGAAUCGCAGCAAUCGUUCAAGCGAUUCCAAGGGACGAGGAUCAAUACGGGUCACUGUCAACGCUGGUUGAAUUCGUCGAAAGGGACGUGAACGACUGCAUCAAAUUCAUGGAGGCUUCUCAAGCUGAAGAAUUCCAAGCUAGCGGGAUUUGUGCCUUGAAGUGCUUGGCGAGCAUGGGGAAAGCCCUAAGAGCACCAGAUAAUGCCGUUAUCGAUCUUGACGGAGAUGCCCCUCAGUCGGUCUACUGGGCGAAAGGUCCAGGUGCUUCGCUACAAGCGAAAGUGGUCCAAAUAAUGGAGACAGUAACAGGCCUGAUGAGAUGGAACAGUGAUGUCGUGGAAGCAAGUUGUCAGAUACUCAGGUCUGGCUACAAAGAGAGUGCCCCUGGGUUAUUCGUAUUUCCACCCAAAGUGACUGUGGACUUGGUGCUCGCCAGCAAACUGGAUACCGCACGAUUAGACUAUGUCCUGGACACGGCUUGUGCGAUGCUCAGCAGGCAAGUCCACGAGCCAGAAAGCACAGUCAAGAGUGCUGCUUCUGCAUUCCUGGAAUACCUACUCGGUGUAAUCCAUCUGAUGGGUGGUGAACCUUCGUCGGAUCCAGAGGUCGCUUCGAGUGGGAUCGACCUAGCGGACAAGAUGGUCCCGCACCAUCUUGAUUGCAUGAUGAAUACGCAGAAUAUCCAGGGGCUCUUUGAUUUCACCCUCAAGGCCCUUACAGCGGCAGAGAUCAUGCCCAAGCGGGCUGCGGCUCACUUCUGGGCCACCUUCGUCCAAAAUUUCGAAGUGUCAGAAGAGGUCGCCAUGUUCGCUGCAGCUGUCACGCAACAGUACGGACCGCAGCUGUGCCACCUUUUAGUCCGAAACAUUGGCGGAGAAGCAGCACGCAGCGAGUUAGACGUUCUGGCCGAACCACUGAAAAAGCUGAUCUUUGCACAACCGCAGGCAAAGAUGUGGCUUUCGAAUGCGCUGAGCAGCGAGGAUUUCCCAAGCCAAAAAGUGGGAUCGACGGAAAAGCGAAUCUGGCUACAGAAGAUCAUCAACCUGAGGGGAGCUAGAGCAACUAAUUCCGCGGUCAAAGACUUCUGGAUAGCGUGUCGGGGAGCGGAGUUUGCAUACGCAUCAUGA